AUGGGUUGUGCCACAUCCACCUUAACAGAGGAAACAUCGCCUCUUUUCCAAGAGCGUAAGAUCAACGAUAUCAUUGAGCAGCAGCUCCUUGCCAGAAAGCGCAACGAAAAGGCAAAGCUCAAGCUUUUGCUUCUUGGUGCUGGUGAGUCCGGUAAAUCUACUGUUUUGAAACAAUUGAGGUUACUCCACCAAGGGGGGUUCACCCAGCCAGAAAGGAUACAGUACGCCCAGAUCGUGUGGGUGGAUUUGAUUCAAUCCAUGAAAAUCUUGAUCAUCCAAGCAAGAAAAAGAGGAAUCGAAUUGGACUGCGAUCAGCCUGGAAACCCAUUGAACUCCUACAAGCAGUUGAUAUUGAGGAUUGACCCAUUACAUCAAAUCGAGACAAAUGCUGCUGGUGGGAGCAAUUUCUUGAAUGACUAUGUCGUCAAGUACAGCGAGAACUUCAAGCAAAGGAGGACUUUGAAUCUGUCGGGGAAGUUGUCAGGAUUCGAUGAAUCUGUAGUUGACCUGGAAUCUCAGGACUUCUCCGUGGAAACUUUAACUGAUGAGCUCCGUAAUGUUUCCACUUUCCAGGUAGCUGAGCCUGACAGGUUUAAGGUGGCCAGAGCCAUAUCCAAGCUUUGGACGGAGGAUUCCGGUAUAAAGAAGGUGUACGACAUCUCCAAUGAGUUCCAAUUGGAAACCAACACAUCAUAUUACUUCGACAACGCUUCCAAGUUCGCAGAUCCGGAUUACAUUCUAUCAGAUCUCGAUAUCCUCAAGGGGAGGAUUAAGACCACUGGUAUAACAGAGACCGACUUCAACAUCAACUCUUUCAACUUCAAAGUUCUAGAUGCUGGUGGGCAAAGAUCUGAACGGAAAAAAUGGAUCCAUUGCUUCGAAGAUGUCACGGCCAUAUUCUUUGUCGUAGCACUUUCAGAGUACGACCAGUUCUUGUUCGAAGAUGAGCGUGUCAACCGUAUGCACGAGGCGAUUAUCUUGUUCGACUCAUUAUGCAACUCGAAAUGGUUUGUUAACACUCCAUUCAUUCUUUUCUUGAACAAGAUGGAUCUUUUCGAGGAGAAAUUGAAGAAAUCACCUCUUCAUUAUCACUUCCCAGAGUACAAGGGAGACCCAAAGCUGGUAGAAGAGGCAACUAAGUACUUCACUGAUUUGUUCUUGAGUCUAAACAGGACAAGGAAGCCGAUCUAUGUGCAUAGAACCUGUGCCACCGACACCAAGUCAAUGAAGUUUGUGUUGGCUGCAGUUACAGAUGUUAUCAUCCAGCAAAAUUUGGCCAACAGUGGAAUCAUAUAG